AGCAACUUCCGGUGUAAACAUUACGAACAUGUGUUAAAUAACUCUCCUCUCCUCGUCACUUAUGUCCUGUCUGUCGCUCCUUUUUCGGUUAAUAUUUAAGUCGUCUUGAUUAUUGGUGUUACCCCAUGGCGGUUUCGACUCAUGUCUCCAAAGUCCGCUCUUUGUACAAGAGGAUUCUGGUCCUGCACCGGUUCCUGCCGCUAGAUUUAAGGGCCCUCGGCGACCAGUACGUGAAAGACGAGUUCAGAAGACAUAAAGGAGCGUCGUCCGAGGAGGCGAGGAGCUUCAUGACAGAGUGGGAGCAAUACAAGGACACCCUGCAGACCCAGGUUCUGGAGUCAGCAGGGGAGAGACUCGGCUCAAUUAAGUUUGGGGCCAACCUGUCAGAUGUGAGUCUCAAGGACUUCCAGCAGGAACAGAUCGGACAACUGUACGAACUCAUGCUGGAGUCGACCAAACCCAACAGACAGUUUGACAUCCAGGAGGACGGCAAGUGAAAAAAGGGAAACGGAUGGUGCUGGGGACUCAAUCCGCUAACAGCAGACUCUUUUAGGUCUUUUGAGAAUAUUUGACGAUAUUAAAAUGCUGUGUAAUAUCA